CUCAUCCUCUCUCUCUCUCACCCCGCACCCGUUCAGAACUCUUUUAACCCCGGAAGGACUUGUAACAAAAAAAAAAAAAAUUUCACCUAAAAAGAGGCCUCAGUUGUCGGGGAGGUGUUCUCACUCUUGCUUCAGAACCGACCCCGCCAUUGCAUCUGCCCCUCCUCACCAACGUCCCCAAGUCGUCCACCUCGGAACAAGUUUCCCACAAGCAAUGAGCCCCGUCAGCGACGUCGCCGACGGCGACACGGGGGACCUCUUCGCCGACCCGGAGGACUACUACCCGCCCACGCCGCCGCCCACGACGCAAACCCACACGCUGUCGUCGGGCCGCGUGCUCACGCUCCACCUCGUGGGCUACUCGCCGACCGAGGCGCACCACCUCUGGAACGGCAGCCGCGUCGUCUCGGACUACUUCGAAGCGGACCCGAGCCGCGUCCGAGGCCGGACGGUGCUCGAGCUCGGCGCCGGCGCCGGCCUGCCGUCGCUGACGGCGGGCAUCCUGGGGGCGAGGCGCGUCGUGGUGUCGGACUUCCCCGACGCCGACAUCGUGCAGACGAUGCAGAAGAACGUCGACGAGGCGGGCGACCUGGAGGGCGUCGUCGUGCCGAGGGGGUACGUCUGGGGCGCCGACGUGGCGCCGCUGCUGGAGGUCCUCGCCGAACCGGAGCCGGAGCCGGAGCCGGAACCGGAGCCGGCGGGUGGUGGCGAGCAGACGACGACGACGACGACGACGGUAAGGGCGACGGGGAGGAGGAGGAGGAGGUUCGACGUGCUGGUGCUGGCGGACCUGCUGUUCCGGCACUCGGAGCACGGCAAGCUCGUCGACACGAUCUGGAACGCGCUGGCGCGGGAGAGGGGCGCCGUGGCGUACGUCUUCUUCACGUCGUACCGGCCGUGGCUGCGGCACAAGGACCUCGCCUUCUUCGACGUGGCGCGGGAGAGGGGGUUCCUGGUGGAGCAGGUGCUGGAGAGGAAGAUGGAGAAGCCGCUGUUCGAGGGGGACCCGGGCGACGUCGAGGUGCAGAAGACGGUGAGCGGCUUCGAGGUGCGGUGGCCGGAGGAGCUGCUGGAGGGCUGA